AUGACGAUAGAAAAUGGCGACGGUGAGAAGAUUCCUUGGAUCGCAGGCGGAUGUUUGCGCCAGGACGGCCCUGAAGAGGCGUACAUAUUAGGAUAUGGCAGGGUGUUCAGGUUUUCGAGGAGGAGGAAAAAAGUUCCAGGAGUGAAAAUGUUCCAGAGCCGGAUUCCAACCGAAAAUUAUCCAAAAUUUAACCAGUGCCCUUAUUUACAGAUCCUUCUCUUCUCUUGCUGCUUCAUUUCUUCCUGUUUGGCUCAGCUAGCUGCUCUCACGUACCAGGACAGUUUCGGUUACAGUAGCCCUUACUCGGCGAGGUCGGAAAUCAGAACGUCGAACGGCGAAACGCGAGGCGCUUACAGUUACAUCGAUGACGCAGGAGUUAUUCAGACCGUCGAGUACGUCGCUGAUGCAACGCACGGUUUCCGGAUACUGUUCACCAAUUCAAUGCAAAAUAUCGAAGGAGUUGGUGAUCAAAGGAAACAGAUGGAACAGAAAGAAGAUAGAUUAGGGAAGGAUUAUGCAUUGCAAGGAUCUAUGGAGUUUAAUAAUGGAGCAAGAAGGAAAGAGAAUUUACAGUUUAAACCUUCGAUUGUCAAUGAACCUAAGAUAUCCGUGUUUAAAAUCUCUCAAGGAAAUCUUCGGAUUAAUCCAUUCCAUUUUUAUAUACCAAUAAACGAAGACCGAGCUAUAUUAAAAUAUGAAGAAAAAAAAGAAAACGAAAAAGAACAAGACGAUUCAUAGAGAGGAUAUAUCUGAAUAUUUCUCAAUCCACAAUUUAUUUCUAUAUUACGAAAUUUUAUAUUGUUUAUAUUUUGAUUGAAAUAUUGUAUUUC